CAUGGCCCUAUAUACACCGCCGUCCCUCCCGCACACACCGUCCGCGUAUGCAAUGCACCGUAAUUCAUCCACCCUCCUCCCCACAGAGCUGCUUGCAGCCUCCGCCACCUGGUCGACAUGGCGCCAGCCAAAACACGAAAUGCCGCUCACCCCGCCGCUCUCUGUGCCCUCGCGGAGAGCGGACAGGCCACAGGUAACAGUCUUGCCGCCAAUAUCACAACUUGACCGCCACAUGGCGCGUGUUUCUCCUUUAACACCCCCGCCCAUGGAGGACAUUUCUAUAGCCAACUCGUCACGACUGCAGCGCACUGACUCGUCAGAAGACUCGUCCGACAUGGACGACUACCAGCAGGCAAAGCCGUCCAUGCCCUCGCCAGCGCCACACCUAGUCGACUGGUUCAGCACGUCGUCAAAACGCUCGGCGCACUUUAUAGCCGAAAAGACUUGCGAGAUGAUCUGCUACCUCUGGUUUGCGAACAACUCUGCGCCUCCGUCAAAGUCCACCCUAGGGUCUUCGCGGACACGUGACCACUCCCCUUCCACCGCCUCCCCGCCUUACAUUCCCCAAAGUAAUCCGCAGACCGCGUCGCUACAGCUGGUCGCGUCGCCAGCGUUUGUGAACUUUAUGCAGAAGCUCCUCGAGACGACGCAAGUCAGCCAAUCCGUCAUCGUGCUCUCGCUACACUAUAUCUACCGUCUCAAAGAGCGGAAUCGGUUCACGAAUGGGCAGCCGGGGAGUGAGUUUAGGGUGGCGGUAGCAGCUUUAAUGAUGGCUAAUAAGUUUGUUGACGAUAAUACAUACACUAAUAAGACUUGGUCUGAAAUUUCCUCAAUAUCGCUUAACGAAAUCAACAAAAUGGAACGCGAGUUCUUAAUGGGCGUCGACUUCGACUUAUAUGUAGACAAGCCGACCUACGAAUCCUGGCUCAACCUGCUAAAGGGACUGGUGAUGGCGAAAGAGAAGGACUCGAGGAAGUGGCAUCGCGGGCGGUGCAAGGACGUCAGGGCUAUCGGACGAGUGGUGCCGUCGAGCGUGUGCAGGCCGAGUACGCGGGGCAGGCAGGAGGAGAACGGGACCCGCAGACGGGAUCGCGCGCGGUCGACCUCGCCGGUCCAGUCGUCGCGCGCAGCGCCCUUCCACGCAUUCACCUUCGCACUACCCCCCCUCCCCUCCACCGCGCCCCGCUCCAUCUCGUCGCAUCCGUACCCGUCGCCGGAGAAAGACCAGCUCGACUCGCCCGUCUCCCCCACACCCCAUUCCGGUGAAAAGCGCUCCGCAAACACCGCGUUCUCGCACGCGGCGGAGGCGUACGACGACGCAUCAUUGCGGCCGCCUAGACCGUCCAAGCGUCCGGCGAGCAUGUACGGGCUCUCCCUCCAGAUCCCGGAGCACUCGUCCGGCUCUGUCGCGAACAAGGCCCCGCUCAGCGGGAACGGCGCGGCUCCGAGCCCCAUGGAGAGCCUGCAGGGCUUCUCCAGCUUGAGCUUGGGCGGGGACGGAGCCGGCACGCCGGGGUCGUCCUCGUUGCCGAAAAGAGAGCAGCCGCGGACGUUGGCCGCUCCAUACCGAGCAGAUUCCAGCAGACAGGAAGCGGUUCCUCAGAACCUGUACUACUACUCGCUCGCCUGCUCUCCGACGGAGGAAGACCACUCUGCAGACGUGCGAUGCCGCAAGGCCAAAUUGCGCGUGCACCACGCCCCCGGGCCCACGCACGACUCGUACUACUCCACCUCCGAGCUGGCCUCCUGCCCGCAGCAGCCGCCAACCGCGUACUCGGGUUACCAGUAUUCAUCGCAUGCGUAUGGCGGGUAUGAAGGACCGAGGAUACCGAUGGUGGUGCAGAGCGCGUCGACGAGCCCGAACAUGUCCAUGUCGGAGAUGCCGCUCCCGCCGCCGCCCCAGCUGAAACGGUAUGAGGGCCCCACCGACGUGUAUGCGUGGCGCCGCGCGAGCGAGCCCAACUACGACUCGCUGGCGCACGCGCACUCGAGUUCGCGGUCGCCUGCGCAGCUCCCUCAGUACGAGCAGGCACUGUCCCCGGUCGAAGAGCAGGGAUACCGGUCGGAGUUCUCGGACACCGACAGCCCUGGUGUGCCCGCGGCGCCGUUUGCGAAUGCAGGCCCGCCCGGCGUGCAGCUGUACACGCCCCCGGAACAUACGUACCUCCAGCCCCCCACGCAGCUCCUCCAGUACCGCCCGCCCCGCCCACAGCAGCAGCAGCAGCAUGUGGAACGAUCGUCGCCCGACUUCACGUAUUUCCAGUGGCCUUCCGAGAGGGGAAGGAGGCUCUACAAGUAACGACCGCCUUAAUCGCUUCACGACGCAUCUUGCAAUUGGACUGUUCAUUAUUGGCGUGUAAUACUUUCUCGUUCGGCGGGACUCGUUUUUUCUGUGGUCCCCGCGUUGGGUCUUGGUCGGUCUGUCGUAGCAUUCAUUGUCCGCAUCGCAUUUUUCUCGUCUUGCAUAGCAAUUUUUCUUCUCCCGCUGUUCACGAUUCACCUAGAACUCUUUCUCCGCACAAUACACUUCCGCAUCAGCAUCGCACUAGCAUCACGCAUCCAUCCAUCCAUCCAAGCCAUAUUGUAUUUCUGUAUAUUGAUGUGUACAUACAUACACUACUCUUAGUACGCUAGCUAGCUGGUUCGUAUACCUACCCACACACAGCCUAUUACUGUCCGCGUAACUUUAUUCGAUAUAAUUAUUGCGCCUGUUCGCAGCAGAUGAAU